AUGGACAAUGAAGAUAUAAUAUUUGAUAUACACAAGCUAAGCUUGAAUAGUGAUUUUGACUCGCAAGUGCAAGAAAUUUUGAAAUUUAUAAGGCUUUCAAAGUCGGAGGUGGAACAUUUGCAGCUAUUAUUUAAUGAUUUGCAGAAUACAUUGCAAACAGCUUGGCCAGGUUGUGAAGUCCAGGCAUUUGGGUCUAUUGUUACAGGACUGGGAAUAAAGUCCAGUAAUGUAGAUUGUUACAUCAGUUUGCCUACUUGGCUACCGAAUCGUGGCGCGGCCAUUAGAUGUCGUGACCUGGAGCACUUCCCAAGCGGUGUGUUGGGGAAGGGAAGUGUAUUUGUUUUAAUUACGGAACAUGAUUCAAGAAAAGGAAAGCUGGAAAAUAGAUUUCCAACCUACUUA